AUGGAGAUAUACGCAGACACCAUAACAAAAAUCCCAGGUGAUGGUAACUGUCUAUAUAGAGCAAUCGCAUACCAAACCAACGAUCUGUUUGGCAUUACAUUCGACCAUCUAGCAAUCCGACACGACUUAGCUAAGUACGUUGAGGAUAAUCAACACAACGAUAACAUACACCAAGCUAUUAGGAGUAACCUAAAUGACACACUAACAGAUCUACAGACUCAAAUCAACAAAUACCUACAAGCUCAAUAUAAAGAAGGUACCUGGGGUGGGACUGAUAUAUUGAUAGCAGCAGCUGAAUACUACAGCAUCAACGUCAAAAUCUUCCAAGGCUAUCCGCUAAAAGAAACAAUACAAUUCAGCCCGAAAAAUAAUGACGCAGCAGGUUGCAUAGGCCUAAUAUUUAAUGGAAAUCAUUACGACUGCUUCAAGAAUCAUUUGGGCGCUUCUUCACUAAACCCCACACAAAAGACAGAAAGCUCAGACGAAUGCACCCCGGAAGAAAUAACUGACGAAACCGGCUACAGACUAAUAAGACCGAAGCCUCAUUACACAACUAUAAAACAAAUAGACAACAUCAAUAUCGCUACAUGGAACAUUAUGAACUACUUCAAAGUAAAGGCACAAAAGAAAGAUACCGAACGGAAGUAA